UACUAGUUUUUUUUCUUGUUAGAUAGUACUUUUGUUUUAUCUAUUACAAGAAGACAGAGACACAAUUCGACAGACCGACAACAGCAGCAAAAAUGUCCGCAAUUAGCAGUCGUAAUCAAAAAAUGGAACAACAGCGUCAGCUGAUGGAAGCCUAUAUCCGACAGAAGCGUGCCUCGCCAGGCAUGGUCCAGGCUAGUGAUCUGCAGAUUAAUCGUCCCAUGUCGGGAAUGCGUAGCAAUAGCCGGGAACUGCAUGCCUAUGAUGGACCUAUGCAAUUUAUGAGCUCACCACAGAACCCGGAUCAAAUAUUGACCCAUAAUAGCAGCGCUACUAGCCACAUAAGCGGAAACAAUCUUAUCUCUGUGGGUGGUGCAGGAAGUCGCAAUAAUUCGAAUAAUUUGCGCACUCUAAGCACUAUUAGUCAAGAGGCCGAUUUGAUUGAGGAAAUCUCAUCACAUGAGCUGGAAGAUGAGGAGAGCAGUCCUGUGCCCAUGCAGGAACAACAGAAACCUCUGCCACUUAGCGCCAAUUCGACUCGUCCGCGAACACGUCAGCAAUCCUUUAGCGAUACUCUGGAUGAGGAUGACUAUGCCAAUCGAAAUAUAGCAGCAGCUGCUCCAGUCCGUCCAGCCGGCAUGGCUGCAUCGCCGUACAAAGAGGCCAAUCUGGAGGGUAGCAAUGGCACAGCGAAUGGUGGUGAAUCCGAGGGCGAUGUCAUUGGUAAUAUCGAUCAGUUUGUUAUGCAACCAGCGCCACAGGGUGUUCUCUAUAAAUGUCGCAUUACCCGUGACCGCAAGGGCAUGGAUCGUGGUCUAUUUCCCAUAUACUAUUUGCAUUUGGAGAGAGAUUAUGGCAAAAAGAUCUUUUUACUAGGAGGACGUAAACGCAAGAAGAGCAAAACCUCCAAUUAUAUUGUUAGCUGCGAUCCUACGGAUUUGUCUCGUCAAGCCGAUGGCUUCUGUGGCAAAUUGCGUUCCAAUGUCUUUGGCACAUCCUUCACGGUCUUCGACAAUGGCAACAAAGAUAGCACUGAAAGUCCACGUCUCGAUUUGGCUGUCAUUAUUUAUGAUACCAAUAUAUUGGGCUUUAAGGGACCACGCAACAUGACUGUGAUACUGCCAGGCAUGACCGAAGAUGAUCAGCGUGUUAAAAUUAGUUCAGCAGAUCCCAAACAACAAGGCAUACUAGAUCUAUGGAAAUUAAAGAACAUGGACAACAUAGUGGAACUGCAUAAUAAAACACCCGUUUGGAAUGAUGAGACUCAAUCGUAUGUCCUUAAUUUUCAUGGUCGUGUCACUCAAGCAUCGGUGAAGAAUUUCCAAUUGGUACACGAUUCAGAUCCUGAAUAUAUAGUCAUGCAAUUUGGGCGCACCUCAGAGGAUGUCUUUACCAUGGACUAUCGUUAUCCUUUGUGUGCCAUGCAAGCCUUUGCGAUAGCUCUCAGUAGUUUCGAUGGCAAAAUUGCCUGCGAGUGAACUUUACCAAGAAUAUAUACAUAUAUAUAUUUUUUUGUGGGGUCAGACGUUGCCUUAUUUAGAGAAAGAGAAAGAGAGAAGGAUGUUGAGAAUUAUUUUCUAGUCAGUCGGUUGGAGAAAGAGAGAGAGAGAAGAGAGAUGAAGCUUGGGAGGGAAGUUUUAGGUAACAAAUAUUCAGAAUCUGCUCACCGAAUUUUUUGUAAGAACAAAAACGAAAUUAUCAGAAUAUGAAUUGUACAAUUCGCAUUUUUAGCCAUUAGAAUCAGAAAACUAUAUAUAUUAAUAUCAAAAAAACAAAAACGAAAUCAAAGAAAAUUAUACUAUUAGUUUUUAAGAGAGACUAAGCUAAGCUCUCCCCCAUAAAUGUUUAAAAUUAAUAUAAG